UUCCAGUUUGUUGUUGCAUUGUUUUCUGCCAUUAAGGAAAUCAACAGUAACCCCUAUAUUUUACCCAACAUAUCUCUCAUAUAUCCUGUUCAUGGUAAUGAUGAUUUUUACCCCUGUAACAUAUUUCCUAUUAUUUUUGUACAAAGUAGAAAUAUUUCUUUCCCAAAUUACAUGUGUGAAGAACAGAUAUCAACUGUAGCAGGACUUAUAGGACCCAUGUGUGUGUUAUCUGCUAAAUUGAAACCACUCAUGAAGCUCUUCAGAUGGCCACAGCUUUCCUUUGCACCUUUUCAUCCUAUCCUGAGUGACCGUGAACACUUUCCUAAUAUCUACCAGAUGGCCCCCAAGGACACAUCUCUGCCCCUUGCCAUGGUGACUUUGAUGCUUCAUUUCCACUGGAACUGGGUGGGUCUGCUCAUCUCUGAUGAUGAACAAGGUACUCAAUUUCUGUCAGAAUUGAGAGCAGAGAUGCAAGGAAACAGAGUCUGUCUAGCCUUUGUGAGUAUAAUCCCAAUGGACAUUAAGAUGUACUUGGGAGAAGCUGGAAUACAUGAUAAGUACAUCAUGACAUCAUCAUCAGCAAAUGUUGUUAUAAUUUAUGGCGAGGUGAACCCUACUCUAACCUUCAGCUAUGCACUAUGGACUAGAUUCGGUUCACACAAAAUCUGGCUCAGCACCUCACAAUGGGAAUAUUCCACAAUUAAGAGAGAUUUCAACCAUGACUCACUCCUUGGAACUUUUACUUUUUCACAUCACCAUCCUGAGAUUUCUGGUUUUAAAACUUUUAUCCAGACAGUGAAUUUGUCCAACCACCCACUGAGCAAUUCUAGUGCAAAAUGGGGCUGGGUAGGUCUUAAUUGCUCCGAGUUAUGUACUAAUUGUAAGGCAUGGAAUAAUUGUUCACUCAGUGUUUCACUAGAAUUGCUAAUGUGGCACAGAUUUGACAUGGCCAUGAGUGAUGAGAGUUACAAUCUAUAUAAUGCAGUCUAUGCUGUGGCCCACAGCCUCCAUGAGAUGCUUCUACGACAUGUUGAUACACAGCCAGUAAAAUAUGGGAAAGAACUGAAAUUUGAACCAUGGCAGUUUUCCUCAUAUCUGAAGAAAAUCCAAUUUACUAAUCCUGCUGGAGAUCCACUGAAUAUGAAUCAGGAAGAGAAUUCCCAUGUAGAAUAUGACAUUUUUAGCAUUUGGAAAUUUGAAGAAAGUCAGGGAGUUAAAGUGAAAAUAGGACAAUUUACCCCAUAUUUUUCACAUGGUCAACAAUUGUAUUUAUCAGAAGAUGCAAUAAUGUGGAUCAAAGGAAGUAGUCAGAUUAUCCACUCAGUGUGCAGUUUGAGCUGUGCUCCUGGAUUCAGGAAAUCUCCUCAGGAGGGAAAGGCAGUCUGCUGUUUUGAUUGCACCCCCUGCCCAGAGAAUGAGAUUUCCAAUGAGACAGAUUUGGAUCAGUGUGUGAAGUGUCCAGUUGAUCAGUUUGCAAACACAGAGCAAACCCGCUGUCUCCACAAAGUCGUGACCUUUCUGGGUUAUGAUGACCCACUGGGGAUGACUCUGGCAUGCACAUCUCUUUUCUUCUCUGCACUCACAGCUGUAGUUCUUGGGGUCUUUGUGAAGCACCAAGACACUCCCAUCGUGAAGGCCAAUAACCGGACUCUCACCUACAUCUUGCUUCUCUCCCUCAUCCUCAGCUUUCUCUGCUCCUUCUUCUUCAUUGGCCGUCCCAACACAGCCACCUGCAUCCUGCAACAGACAGCAUUUGCAGUUGUGUUCACUGUAGCUGUUUCCACUGUCUUGGCCAAAACAAUUACUGUGGUUCUGGCCUUCAAGGUCACUGCUCCAGGAAAAAGAAUGAGGUGCUUUUUGGUAUCAGGAGCACUGAAUUUUAUCAUUCCCAUCUGUACCCUGAUACAACUUAUUCUCUGUGUGAUCUGGCUGGGAACAUCUCCUCCCUUUAUUGACACAGACACACACACUGAACAUGGUUACAUCAUGAUUGUGUGCAACACGGGCUCAGCCGCUGCCUUCUACUGUGUCCUUGGGUACCUGGGCUCUCUGGCCAUAGUGAGCUUCACUGUGGCUUUCUUGGCCAGAAACCUGCCUGACAAAUUCAACGAAGCCAAGUUCCUGACCUUCAGCAUUCUGGUGUUCUGCAGUGUCUGGGUCACCUUCCUUCCUGUCCACCACAGCACCAGGGGGAAGGUCAUGGUGGCCAUGGAGGUGCUCUCCAUCUUAACGUCCAGUGCAGGUCUCCUUGUUUGCAUCUUUGCACCAAAGUGCUUCAUCAUUUUGUUCAGACCAGAGAGAAAUUCCCUGCAAAAAUUCAGACACAAGGCAUAUUGA